AUGGGGUGCUGCCCGGGAGACUGCCUCAAUUGCUGCUCCCAGGAACAAGACUGCUGUGAGGAGUGUUGCUGUCAACAGGGCUGCUGUGGCUGCUGCGGCUCCUGCUGUGGCUCCUGCUGUGGCUGCGGAGGCUCUGGCUGCGGAUCUGGCUGCUGCGGGUCUGGUUGCGGGUCUAGCUGCUGUGGAUCUGGCUGCGGGGGCUGCGGAGGCUGCGGGGGCUGUGGAGGCAGCUGCUGUGGCUCCGGGUGCUGUGGCUCCUCCGGGUGCUGUGGUCCAGUGUGCUGUCAGCCCACACCUGUGUGCGAAACGAAAUGA